AUGUCUGACGGGAACGAGUCGUCCAAACAACCUUCCGCGGUAGACGAUGCUGUCGCCUCGACCAAUCUGCCAGUCGCAAUCAGUCCGCCUCUCCCAGCCCGUCAUCAGGGCCACGCAACGGGCACUAGUGUGCAUGCUUCAGAUGAUCAUACAGGGGAUCAUCCUCCGGCUUUGCCGCAUAGGCCACCUCGUUCAAAGAAGUACGGCCUGGAUCGUGUAUCCACGGAUGAUUUUGAACUUACUACACCGAUUGGGUCCCCAAGGGUCCCUAAACAGGGCGCACAUUCAAGGUCGCCUGCUGACCCUGCUUCCGAUACUAGAAGUCUUCAUCAGAAAACGCUGGAUUUCCUGUUGGAAAACCAAACGUCCCGAAUUGUGGGUCUGUUCUAUGAGCUGCCAGAAGACCUAAAAAUCCCCGACAGCGAAUACUAUACCCAAUUGAAUGCACAAGAUCAUUUAAUAGAGGUUAGAAGCGAGGUGGAGGCCAAGAAUUUCAACAACCCGGACCAGCUCACGGUAUACAAGCUCUGGUUGAAGAGCAUAAAGCUGAAGAAAUUUGGCGUUGUCACAGCCAGUAAUCCGGAACUACUGGCACAACUCGAGUCGGCCCAAAUCGAAACCGAAUCUAUUUUUCCCCAACUGGCAUCUGUGUGCGGCAAAUUAGGGACCAAGUCGCUGCCACCACUGGUCCUUCUCAUCCACAGUCGUCUCCAGGACCCAGAAAUCACGUUUAUUCUUGCCAAGCUGUAUAGCAAGAUAGACAUGACGAGAUGGGUGUUUAUGGUUCUGCGCUCCGUAGAGAGGACAAACGCGUCAAUGUUAAUAACUUGGCACCAGAAGCACGGGGACGUCGCGGAGUUCGUGCAGAAACAGCUGGAAAGCGCCAAGUUUUGGAAGCAGCUAACGGCACAGGAGCUCGAUUUGGUGACCCACCGGGUGGUGGUCUACGGAUUUGACUCGAUUGUCGGCGAUGUUGCUAGUAUGCUAUGUGGUGGAAGACCAAAGAGGGGUAUUGAGAGUCACCUUAUAUGGGACGACCACGAGUACGAGCUUCUAAACGAGCCACUCAAAGAGCCCCACGACCUGCUCCGUGAGCAAAAUAAAUUGCACAAAUUGCAGGUAGAACUGGAGACAAAGAGGAAACAGUAUACGGAGUUGCUAAAUAACUACAAGCAGCUGAACGAGGAGCGAUUCAGCAACCAAACAAUGAUCAAAAAGCUGGAAGCAAACAACGGACAGUUGAGGUUGAAGCGGAACGAGUGCGAACGGAAGCUAAAUGCGCAAUUGUCUAAUUUCGAGGUGAUUAAGGUAAACAAUGAGAAAAAUGCUGAAAUAGACAAAAUGAACCAAAAAUUGCGACUCGACAUUGACCGCGUACAAACCGAACUAGCAGAGUUGAGGGCCAAAAAGCUAAGGCAUUAG